AUGGCUUCCUUUUGCCACUGCGAAGGCUUCUACGUCCAGGUUUUCCAACCCCCGAAUAUUGUACCAGAACCCCAUGUCCCAACUCCCCUUUUCGUUCAACUCGAAGUAACCAUCAUUCUUGAACUCAGUCGCAUCCUGCAUUAUUGCUCAAUCGACUACUUCACAGAUAGCUCUGACACUGAACCUUUCUUAGCCCAAGAAAUCCUUCGUUUCGACCUCCACGUUGUGAAAGACCGGCAGCGGGUUACUGAAAUUCUCGGUUCCAUGCUAACAAGACUAGGAAUCAACCCUUACUCUCUUGUGUUUAACGUUGCCAUUGGUAAACUUAUCAAACAUGGACUUAGACUCUCAAACUGUACGUCCAGCAUGGGACGUAUAGUCUUGCCACUACAUGCAAAGUUAUGGGGAACACUUGUGGAACAUGUAAACCACGACCAGGGGGAUCCGAUCACAACAGCUUUCGCGGAAUCAGCAUUGGAGUUUGAAACGAGUAAUUGUGGCAUGCUUCCGGCGAAGGAGUCAUCGAUUAAGAAGAUGCUGAAGAGGGUUAGAGUCGAAGGUGGAGAAAGUGCUGUAAAAGAUCAAGAUUGCAAGAUAUGUUCGGAGGAAUUUGAGGUUGGAUCAGUUGCUUCUGAGAUGCCCUGUUUCCACACUUUUCAUGAGGACUGCAUUGAAACGUGGUUGAAGCAGAGCAAUUGCUGUCCUAUUUGCCGGUUCGAGUUGCCGACUUGA